GCCCGGUUUGGAACCACCCGGUCUUUCAGCACGAGGCCUACUCGCAGUUCGCACAAGAGGUAUCAGCCCUCGUGCAAGAAGAGGGCGAGAGGCCGAGCCAGCUAGCCCUGCUAGCCCAGGCCGUCCCAGCUCUUGCAGACUACCUCCAGUCCGUCGAUACCCGCAACGACACGAGGAUCACCAGCCUACGGGCCGACCUUAGGGCGGAUCUGAGAGCCGACCUACGAGCCGAGCUUCAGGGCGUCAGGGAGCAGGCCUCGCAGCUCCAGUCGCUCUUCUCAACUGGCCUCACCUUCCAGCUCAAGACAGCCGCCACCCCUGGUCUCCUGCAGCUACAACCAGCACCAGUACUGCCGCCAGCACCAGCACUUACCGCCGCCGCCGCCGCCGCUGCUGCUAAAGAGGCCCAGAGCCAGUAUACAACAGAUUACUCAAGCAAUAGCAGCAACAGCCGCUCAGUGACCCCAGGGCUAGAAAGACCGCCACAGCAUCGUAUGUGCCGGGAGGUUAAGACAGUCAGGGACUUAUGGAGAGAGUGGACGGUCGGGCUACGAGGCCAGCAAGCUAUUGCUACUCUCGAUAGCCGCUGGGGAAGCCGGUGGCGGGCUGGCCGGCAGAGCGAGGUGCAGUGGUACUCCCUACGGCUCGAGGUCAUCAAGGAGAUUCGCCGUAUGGCGCAGGCUCAGCGUAUAAGCGAGGAGGCUGCGAUGUAUGCUAUAAGCCUGCAGCAGCAGCAGAUGGGCUACUCAAUUGACCAGCUCUGCAAGUUCCUCCGAGCUAAUAGAAAGACCCGGCUAACUAUGCAGAAGAAAAAGAAGUAAAAAAAAGAGGUCGGCAGUAUCUAUAGGGUUUAUAAGUAAUUCAUAAUCUACAAUCUCUA